AUGCUGCGGUGGCUGGCGCGGCCGGCUGAGCGGUGCCUGGGGCGCGGCGGCUGCGGUUGCGGUAGCGGGGCAGGCGGGGGAGGGGACGGGUUGCUGUGGCACGCGGAGCUGAAGCCGCACGCGUCCGGGGAGUACUCCUUCGCCGUGGCGCAGGCCAACGAGAGGCUGGAAGACCAGGGCCAGGUGGUGACCUCGCAGGCGUCCACAUUCGUCGGGGUGUACGACGGCCACGGCGGGCCCGAGGCCUCGCGCUUCCUCUCCUCCCGCCUCUUCCCGAACCUCCACAAGUUUGCAUCAGAGCAAGGAGGCAUGUCCAUAGACGCUAUCAAGAAGGCAUUCCAUGCUACAGAAGAGGAGUUCUUGCACCUAGUCAAGGGGACAUGGCUCAAACGGCCAAAGAUCGCCUCAGUCGGCUCAUGCUGCCUUGUUGGAGCAAUUGCCAAUAAUAAACUGUAUGUCGCCAAUUUAGGCGACUCGAGAGCCGUCCUUGGUCAUAGAGGACCCAAUGGCCGGGGAGUAGUGGCCGAGAGGCUGUCUAAUGAUCACAAUGUUGCCGACGAGGCGGUAAGAAAGGAGCUCAUUCAGCAGCAUCCUGAUGAUUCGCAAAUAGUCGUCUACAGCAGGGGCGUUUGGCGGAUUAAGGGCAUCAUUCAGAUUUCCAGAUCAUUUGGGGAUGCCUACCUGAAGAAACCUGAAUUUGCCAGAGACCCUGUAUUCCAGCAAUAUGUGUGUCCUGUACCGUUGAAGCGGGCCGUCAUAACAGCUGUGCCAUCGAUCAAAGUACGCCAGAUAGGGCAGCAAGACCUCUUUGUAAUAUUUGCAUCGGACGGUCUGUGGGAGCAGUUGACCGACGAAGCGGCGGUGGAGAUCGUCUUUAAGAACCCGAGAGCGGAAUAG